AUGGCCAAACCAUCCAUCAACUACGGCCUCUACCUCGUCACCGACUCGACCCCCGCCAUCCUCGGCGACGGGGACCUCGAGAAGGUCGUCGAGGCAGCGCUGAGGGGCGGCGUCACCGUCCUGCAGUACCGCGACAAGCACAGCGAGCGUGCCGUGGCUGUCGAGACGGCCAAGAAGCUGCACGCCGUGUCACAGCGGUACAGCGUUCCCUUGCUCAUUAAUGAUCGUGUUGAUGUUGCUGUCGAGGUUGGGUGUGAGGGUGUUCAUAUUGGACAGGAUGAUAUGGCCUUUGAGGAGGCCAGGAACCUCUUGGGACCUGACAAGAUCAUCGGUGUUACUGCAAGCUCUGUAGAAGAAGCUCUCAAGGCGUGUAAAGCUGGCGCCGAUUAUCUUGGUCUUGGAACCGUCUAUUCAACCCAGACCAAGAAGGACACAAAGUCCAUCAUCGGCCCCUCUGGCGUUCGCGAGAUCCUCUCCGCCCUCGCGGCUGCCGGUCACGGCGCCGUACCUACUGUUUGUAUCGGCGGCGUCAACGGCUCCAACGCCGGCUCUGUGCUCACGGCUGCCCGCUCGCCGACCAAGGCCCUCGACGGCGUUGCAGUCGUGAGCGCCAUCAUCGCCGCCCCCGAUCCGGCCGCUGCCUCUCGUCAUCUCCUCAGCCAGGUCAUCACCGCCAAGAUCCCUGAAGUCGUCGGCGCCGUAGCUAAUAGCACUCCCCUGACGCACAACAUGACCAACCUGGUCGUCCAGAACUUUGCCGCCAACGUAGCUCUCUGCGUCGGUGCCUCCCCCAUCAUGGCAAACUACGCAGAAGAAGCGGCCGACCUGGCCAAGCUUGGCGGCGCCCUCGUCGUCAACAUGGGCACCGUAACCCCUGACGGCCUCAAGAACUAUAUCCAGGCCAUCAAGGCCUACAACGAUGCCGGACGUCCUAUUGUUCUGGACCCAGUUGGCGCCGGCGCAACAUCUGUUCGCCGUAAUGCCGUCAAGUCCCUCCUCGACGCGGGCCAUUUCACCGUCAUCAAGGGCAACGAGGGCGAGAUCCAGACCGUGGCGGGAGCUACAAUCACCCAGCGUGGUGUAGACUCUACCUCAUCCUUGACCCUCGCCCAGAAAGCCUCGCUCGUGCGUUCCAUCGCGAAAAAGCGCCGCAACGUGGUUCUUCUGACAGGCGCCGUCGACCUUGUCAGCGAUGGAUCCCGCACGCUGGCUAUUAGCAACGGACACCCUUAUCUCGGUGAGGUUACGGGCACGGGAUGUACUCUUGGCACCACUGUGAGCGCCAUGGUUGCCGCAUACGGAGCCGACCCGCUACUGGCUGCUGUAGCUGGCACCGUCAUGUUCGGACUUGCGGCCGAGUUCGCUGCCGAGAGAAGCGAGGUUCGCGGGCCGGGUACGUUUGUUCCCGCCUUCUUGGACGAGCUGUAUGCCAUUCGAAAGGCCACUGGCAACGGUGAUCUUAGAUGGUUGACCAUGGCCAAGGUCAAGGCUGUUGAGGCUGCGGACAUCGAGGCGUAG